GGUGCUUUGUGACCUUUUACCUUCUCUGUUCAACCAUUUAAACCUGAACCUCAAAAAUUGAAGGAAAUAACCACCGACACUGCUGCUGCUGCUAACUUCUAAUCUUUAGCAACUAAACAGGAAAUGGGUCAAACACUAUCUCCAGAGCAGGAGAAGAUGGCCUUAGAAAGUUUGGCUGAGAUAUUAUUCAGCGUAUUACAGUUGGAUGAAUUUAAAAUUGACAGUUCCCUGCAGAGAUUCUCUGGGCUCAACUCGGCUGAAGAGCUGAACAAUUACAGAGACCAGGUCUUGUACAUUGGAGAAGCUUCAUCUGUUGUAAGCAAGGUGGGGGAUGUUCUAGGUGGGCUCAGCUCCGUGCCUCAUGCUGUCGGACUGGGAGCUCUUAUCAUUUCCUUGGCCUUAGACGUGGUCGCCAAAAGCCUAAACAAAGAAACCAUGGGCACAGCUGAAAUGUUAGAGAGGGUGUUUGCACAGGAGAAGGCCAAGGAGGUGCGAGAUCUGAUGCACGAGUAUUUGAAGCGUAUGCAGAUCAACCUGAGAGACUCACAACUUCAACUCUCUGACACCCGUCAAAGUGAGAUUGCUCUUAGUGUCCAGCUCACACGGCUCAAGAACUCCAUGCUGAUAGAUGAACAUAUGGACACUCACUUUCUGAAGCAGUGGGUGAAUGGAGCUGCCUUCCACACACAGAUGCUGAUCCAUCAGGCUCGUCUAGAAAGUGCAGAGGAACCUGAUGGAUCCAGAGCCGUGCGUGCAGCAGGGAUUUAUCAGCAGGACAUGAACCUUCUGAUGGAGAAAUUAAAGACCAUGAUGAGAAAUCGUGAUGAUUCAAAACAUGCCAAUAAGGUAAUAGAGGUUCUGUUUUCUAAACCUCAGAUUACCUGGACAAGGGAUUAUUUUUCAAAACUGCAAGCAAAUAUUCCAGCUCUCGUGAGACAAAAUGCUGUCUUUGAUAUCCAAAGAUCCCGUAAUGUCCUUCGGGGUUAAUAAAGUAUUCUGAUUCUGAUUCAAACCUGAUACUGAUCAUCUAUGUCUAUCGAGCCACAAAUAAGAAAAGUAAAAAGUAAAUUUUAAACAACUGAAAGAGGUAAAAAAAAAAAAAAAAAUUGUGGCCAGCACAGUUAUGUAAGGGUCCAGUCUGAUCUACAGGCUUUGGAAUCCAGUCAAGGACAAUAAAUUGUUUAUCUUGGCCAGUGCUCUGACCGAGAAAAUCAGUCAUCAGUCAGUUGGUCUUCCCAAUUCUUCAUAGUCACUGCAAUUUACUGUGUUUGGUUUAGUUUUGUUUUUGUUUUUAGUUGCUCAUGUGAAGCACUUUGGGUAACGUUUGGUUUUAAACCUUUGUGCCAUCACACCUAUAUUUGUUACUUUCUCAGGGCUUGAAUAACAUGUUUAAUAUCUUGUAAACUGGUUUUAUUCAAAAGCCCAUAUAUAUUUGUAAAAAUCAUGAUUUAAGCUCUGCAUGAAAGGUAAUUGGGAAACAUGUCUAGCAUUACAUUCCUUGGCUUUCCUCAGAUGAAUUCCUUAAAUGAAAAAGUGACCCACAGACCUAUUCCAGAAAGUAUAACAACCCCGUUUAUGAUCUACAUUUUUUACCAAUGCAUUGAUGUUACAUUAGAGUCAUAAAACAGAGUUAUUGACCAUAAUUAUUAGAGAGUGGAUGCUGAAUUUGAUGCUUUUCAGAAUCACCAAAAUAUAAACUUGAAGGAUAGAUUUGACAAGUGCUGUAGUCUGUGUUUGGUUUAUAUCUGCUUUUACUAGCGUGUGAAUGACUCUGCAACAACAAAGUCAUACAUGUUUCUCUUCAUCAUUGUGUUACUUCCUUAAAUUGGUCCAAACAUGCCACUGUCUAAAUAAGUUAGACUGGAUUACAGCACAAUGGUGGUUCCUCAUCAGUGUUAAUAGCAUUGACUAAUAAAUCUCUUCAUGUUAUACCUGAUGGAAACAAAACAAAACAAUAAAUAAAAACGAAUGUAAAAAAAACUAUAA